AUGUCAUCCGCGUCUUCGUCUUUGGUCUCCUUGUCUUCCUCGACGACCACAACCACCACCAUCUCAUCGACGCCUUCUCCUCGCGGAUCAGCAACACCUUCUUCAUCAUCAUCUACUGGAUCCUCGAAUAAUAGUUCCAUUCAUGGAAUGAAUCCUUCAAAUAUUUCCACACUUCUUUUAGAUUUCAAAUUACGACUCGAGAAUAUCGAUGAACCUCCGACGUUUAUUGAAUGUUCUCGAAUGGAUCAUCAUUUGGAACAACAACAACAACAACAACUGAACGAUUCCUUCAAUUCUUCCAAUUCUUCUUCCUUGUUGAAUCAUCAAAAUCCUUCUUUUUCCAAUUCUUUCAAUUCAUCAUCAUCAGUAUUAUUAUUAUCAUCAUCCAACCACAAACCAAAUUCCAAAUUGAAUUCUUUUUCUUCAUCUCCUUCUUACAAUCAUCAUUCCAAAAUUAAUGAAUCCAUUCACUUGUCAUCAAAUUCACGACAUUCUCUUCUUUCCUCUUCGUUACGAUCGUCGAUGUCAUCACCAGCAAAAUCUGGUCCAACAGAUGCUAGAGGAAUUUAUGCACAAGAAAUUUUAGAUCAAAUCAAUGAAUGGAAUCAACAACAACAACACGAAGUCACUCCAAUAGUGUCAACUUCAAUCUUAUCCUUUAAUUCCAAUACAUUGGGAACAACUCUGAAUAUGUCAGCAUCGAAUUCAGAAUCUCCUUUGAAAGCUCUCGUUUUUGGUUAUGCCACAUUGAUGGUAUGCUCCACUAAAAACUUGUCAAGUCAAUCUGGACAUGUCAUUCAUUUACUCAAUAAGGCAGAAUACAAGUUGAGAAAUGCAAUUACAUGUUGUGAAUUGAGUCGAGAAUAUUCACUGGAUUUAAUGUUAAAAUCAGAUUUACAUUUAUUAUUGGCAAGAAUUUUAUAUGAAUUGUCAUUUCCAAGAUUGGAUGAAUUGGAAAGAGAAAGUUCUCAAAUGUCUUCCAAUAUGUCAAAUAAUGGUGGUAGUAGUAGCAAUGUUGGAAUGAACAGUCCAUUACAAAAUAAUGCUGCUUCUUCCAUUUCUCCACCAAUUAAGAUUACUGAUUCACAAGUUGUGACAGGAAAUAACAUGUCUCCAAGUGAACCACUUUCAGCUCCAAAUCUUACCAUUGGUACUGGAUAUUCCUUAGGUUCAUUGGACAAUGUAAUGGCAGUUUCUUUAGAUUCUCCAGUUCGGGCAAGUUUUUCAUCGAAAUGUUCAAGUCCAAGUCCCAGAGGAGGAAUGACUUCUCCAACAAGUUCUUCACAAAAAGCAGCUCAACAAGCUCAACAACAAAUUGAAAACAUGUUUCAAGAUAUUUGUCUUCACAUGGAUUCUGCUAUUAAGCUGUUUGAAAAGUCCACACAAAAACCAAAAAGAAAACACCUAGCUUACAUGUACAUGUAUUUUGGAGAUGUUCUCACUCAGUGGUCUGUCCGACGAAAACAACGUUGGGCAGCUCUCUGUUCACAAGCUCAAGAAAAGUAUAAUACAUGUAUCAAGAUUUGUAUAGAAAAGAUUUUAUCAACCAUUGACAAGGACAAAGAUGAUGUUUGUUGUAUUAAUUCCAAAUUUGUAAGAUGUGACCAAGAUGGAAGAAAUGGAUCAUUCAUUAAUUAUGUCUAUUGCCCUCUUCAUCACCAAUGUCUCUACAAAUAUGCAGUUUUGUUAUUAUACUGGGUGAGAAGAAAACGAGAACAUUCAACGAUCUAUUCUGGUGAAAAUAGCUCAUCCAGUGACACUAUGUUAUCCAAUUUUGAUUACGAAUCCACAUUGACAGCAGUGAACUCUGUUGGAACCUUAACUUUAAAUUAUUCCGAGUUUCAAAAAUUAGAAUCACGUUUAAAUGCAGAACAGAACAAGGCAAUACCAAGACAUGCUCAAUCUAUUUUACAAAAUAAUGUUGCGAGUGAAAGUGAAAAGCUCUGUAAAGGAUGUGUCUCCCUCUGGGAAAGUGUAUGCAAUGUGGAAAUGAGAAAAGCUGAAAUAUUUUGUGUGGAACAUAAUGUGAAUCCUCAUUUAUUUUUCAGACUUUCAAAUUCUAUUUAUGAAUAUGCUUUAUUACUGAUUCCUUCCGCCUCAAUUUUAGCUUGCAAUGAUUAUCUGUCCAUGUAUGAUAAUAUUGAUGGAGAGCCAAUGAGAAAUUGCUCUCGAUCAGAGAUUUUAACAAGCGGACUCUCUUGGCAUGAUUUAUUAUUUAAACACAGAAUGCUUGAUGAUAAGAAAGAACUCUUGCGAGAAAAUAAUAGAAAAAUUCUCUCAGAUCAAACCUCAAAGACAGUGGUUCUUGAUGAAAAUAACAAAGAUGAUCUUCGUCUGAGAUAUAGUUUGAUUUAUUCAGACAAAAUCGGUGAUAUUAAUAUUCGAACCAUACUAACACGAGAGUCACUCAUGGAAAAGGCAAUAGAAGCGAUUGACAAGGCCUGUUCUAUCAUGAAGAAGCAACAAAAAUCUGAAGCCGAAACACUUAAUGAAUCCAUGCAAGCAGAAAAUAGAGUUCGACUCUUGAAAGAAGUUGAUGAUUUGUUCACAUCAUCGAUCGUGGCACUCAACAAGGUACUUGAAGCUAAACCAUUCCACAUGGUUGCAAUGGCCAUUCUAGGUGAAGUUUACUUCUUCUGGGCAAGAGCCAAGUUCGGAAAAGAGUCAGACAAGCACAUCCAAAAUGCAAUUGAAAUUUGGAGUCGUUUACUGACCUACUCUCAAUACACAGGUCAAUAUAACUUGUCGUUGGAUCACAUCUCAAAAAUGAUUUCCUUCGCCUUAGAAAUUAGAAAAGGAAUUAUUAUUUGUGAUGGAAUGGCAUUGAAACAAGGAAAAUUACGCAAAAGUUGGACCGAACGAUACUUCCUGUUAACGAUUGAACAUUUUGGUUAUUACGAAAUUAAAUCCAACAAGAGCUUGAAAAAGAAAAAGAUGAAAAAUACUGUGCCUACCGAUGAAAUUGAAUAUGUGAAACAAAAUCUUGAAGAAAAGUUCACCAGUAACAAAGACUAUCCAUUUUGCUUGGAAGUGGUUUGCAAGAAACGAGUUUUCUAUAUUUGUUACAGUUCACAAAAAGAAUUAGAUCGAUGGGAUGCAGCAUUUGAAUAUGUCAUUCUCAUGAAUCAAAUUAUGAAACCCUCAACCACCACAACAUUGACCAUUACGUCAAAUUCAUCGACCCAUGUAUCCCUCACAAAACCUUCCAAAUAA